AUGGCUGAGGGAGAAGGCGAGGACGAUGUGCAGUUCCUGCGGACGGAUGACGAGGUGGUCCUGCAGUGCACCACGACGCUGCUGAAGGAGCAGCUCAAGCUCUGCCUCUCGGUCGAGGGCUUUGGGAACCGCCUGUGCUCGCUGGAGCCCACCUCCAACGCCCAGAAUGUCCCCCCCCGACCUGGCCGUGUGCUGCUUCGUGCUGAGCAGUCGCUGUCGGUGCGGGCGCUGCAGGAGAUGCUGGCCAACAGCUCCGAGAUCGGCAGCGAGUCCUCUCAGGGUGGGGGACACCGAACGCUGCUCUACGGCCACGCCAUCCUGCUGCGACACUCCCACAGCGGCAUGUACCUGAGCUGCCUGACCACCUCGCGCUCGGUCACCGACAAGCUGGCCUUCGACGUGGGGCUGCAGAAGGACGCGGCAGGUGAGGCGUGCUGGUGGACGAUGCACCCGGCGUCCAAGCAGCGCUCGGAGGGGGAGAAGGUUCGGGUGGGAGACGACCUGAUCCUGGUCAGCGUGUCCUCGGAGAGAUACCUGCACCUCUCCACGGCCUCCGGGGAGCUGCAGGUGGAUGCGUCCUUCAUGCAGACCCUGUGGAACAUGAACCCCAUCUGCUCGGGCUCCGAGGAAGGAUUUGUCACCGGCGGCCACGUGCUGCGCCUGUUCCACGGGCACAUGGACGAGUGCCUGACGCCCACGGCCCCCGAGCAGGGCGAGGAGCGCAGCGUUGUCAACUACGAGGGGGGUGCCGUGUGCGGCCACGCGCGGUCCCUGUGGCGCCUGGAGCCCCUGCGCAUCAGCUGGAGCGGGAGCCACCUGCGUUGGGGACAGCCCUUCCGCCUGCGCCACGUCACCACGGGCCGCUACCUGGCGCUGACCGAGGCCAGCGGGCUGGCCAUGGUGGAGGCCAGCGCGGCCAACACGCGCGUGGCCACCUUCUGCUUCCGGGCCUCCAAGGAGAAGCUGGAGACCCCCCCCAAAAGGGACAUCGAGGGCAUGGGCCCCCCCGAGAUCAAGUACGGCGAGUCGCUGUGCUUCCUGCAGCACGGCGCCAGCGGCCUCUGGGUCACCUACGCCGCGCCCGACCCCAAGGCCCUGCGCCUGGGGCUGCUCAAGAGGAAGGCCAUCCUGCACCAGGAGGGGCACAUGGACGACGCGCUGACCCUGAGCCGCUCGCAGCGCCAGGAGUCGCAGGCGGCUCGCAUGGUCUUCAGCACCACGGGGCUCUACGGGGCCUUCAUCAGGAGCCUGGACAGCCUCCAGGGCCGGCCCCGGGGGUCGCCGCCGCCCCCGCUGCCCAUCGCGGGGGUCAUCCUGAGCCUGCAGGACCUGAUCGGGUACCUGGAGCCGCCGCCCCCCGAGCUGCGGCACGAGCAGCGCCAGGGCCGCCUGCGGGCGCUGCGGGCCCGCCAGAGCCUCUUCCAGCAGGAGGGCAUGCUGACGCUGGUGCUGAGCUGCAUCGACCGCCUGAGCGCCUACAGCACCGCGGCGCAGUUCGGGGAGGCCGCGGGCGAGGAGGCGGCGGCCGCCUGGAAGGAGAUCGUCAACCUGCUCUACGAGCUGCUGGCCUCGCUGAUCCGGGGGAACCGAGCCAACUGCGCGCUCUUCUCCACCAACCUGGACUGGCUGGUCAGCAAACUGGACAGGCUGGAGGCCUCCUCGGGCAUCCUGGAGGUGCUGUACUGUGUGCUGAUCGAGAGCCCCGAGGUGCUGAACAUCAUCCAGGAGAAUCACAUCAAGUCCAUCAUCUCCCUGCUCGACAAGCACGGCCGCAACCACAAGGUGCUGGACGUGCUGUGCUCGCUGUGCGUCUGCAACGCGGUGGCCGUGCGCUCCAACCAGAACCUGAUCACCGAGAACCUGCUGCCGCGCCGCGACCUGCUGCUGCAGACCGGCCUGGUCAACUACGUCACCAGCGUGCGCCCCAACCUGUUUGUGGGCACGGCGCCGGGCUCCACGCAGUUCCGCUGCUGGUACUUCGAGGUGGCCGUGGAGCGCGCCCAGCCCUUCGUCACGGCCGUGCCCACCCACCUGCGCGUGGGCUGGGGGGCUGCGGGGGGCUUCGGCCCGCCCCCGGGCGGCGGCGCGGGCUGGGGGGGCAACGGCGCCGGCGACGACCUCAACUCCUUCGCCUUCGACGGCCUCCACCUGUGGACAGGAGGGGUCCCCAAGGCCGUGGGGUCACCCCAGCGCCGCGCUCUGGCCGAGGGGGACGUGGUCAGCUGCUGCCUGGACCUGGGGGUCCCCAGCGCCUCCUUCCGCCUCAACGGGGCCCCGGUCCAGGGGGUCCUCGAGGGCUUCAACCUCGACACCCUCUUCAGCCCCGUGGCCAGCUUCUCGGCGGGGGGUCCGGCUGUGGUUCCUGCUGGGGGCGUUCUGCUGCGGUUCCUGCUGGGGGUUCAGCUGCGGUUCCUGCUGGGGGUUCUGCUGCGGUUCCUGCUGGGGGCGUUCUGUGGGUUCUAUGUUUUUCUGCUGCGGUUCCUGCUGGGCGGCCGGCACGGCGAGUUCCGUUUCGUGCCUCCCCCCGGGUACGCGCCGUGCGCCGAGGCGCUGCUGCCCCGCGAGCGGCUGCGGCUGGAGCCGCUCACCGCGUACCGGGGCUCGGCCCCGCCCGGCGCCCGCAGCCUGCUGGGGCCCAGCCGGGCCCUGCCCCACACCGCCUUCACCCCCUGCCCCGUGGACACCUGCCAGAUCGUGCUGCCCCCACACCUGGAGCGCAUCCGGGAGAAGCUGGCGGAGAACAUCCACGAGCUCUGGGCCCUGACCCGCAUCGAGCAGGGCUGGACCUACGGGCCUGUCCGCGAUGACGUGCAGCGCCUGCACCCCUGUUUGCUGAGCUUCCACAGCCUGCCCGAGCCCGAGCGCGGCUACAACCUCCAGAUGUCGGGGGAGACCCUCAAGACGCUGCUGGCCCUGGGCUGCCACGUGGGGAUGGCGGACGAGAAGGCUGAGGAGAACCUGAAGAAGAUCAAACUGCCCAAAACGUACACCAUGUCCAACGGGUACAAGCCGGCGCCGCUGGACCUGUCGCACGUGCGGCUGACGCCGGCGCAGCUGACGCUGGUCGAUCGCCUGGCCGAGAACGGCCACAACGUCUGGGCCCGGGACAGGGUCCAGCAGGGCUGGACCUACAGCACCACCCAGGACAUCAAGAACAAGCGGAACCCGCGGCUGGUCCCCUACAACCUGCUGGACGAGGGGACAAAGGCCACCAACCGCGAGAGCCUGUGCCAGGCCGUGCGGACCCUGCUGGGCUACGGCUACAACAUCGAGCCCCCCGACCAGGAGACGCCCUCGCAGGGUGUCCCCUCGGGGGGCCCCCGCGCCCCCCGGCCGCGGCUGUUCCGGGCGGAGCGCGGCUCGGCCGUGCGCAGCGGCCGCUGGUAUUUCGAGUUCCAGGCGGUGACGGCCGGCGAGAUGCGCGUGGGCUGGGCCCGGCCCGGGCUGCGCCCCGACACCGAGCUGGGCGCCGACGACAUGGCCUUCGUCUUCAACGGGCACCGGGGCCAGCGGUGGCACGUGGGGGGCGAGUCCUUCGGCCGCCCCUGGCAGGCCGGGGACGUCGUGGGCUGCCUCAUCGACCUGGGCGAGUGCCACAUGAGCUUCACCCUCAACGGGGAGGUGCUCAUCGGGGACGGCGGCUCCGAGGUGGCCUUCAGGGACUUCGAGGUGGCCGAUGGCUUCGUGCCCGUGUGCAGCCUGGGGCUGGGCCAGGAGGGCCACCUGAACCUGGGCCAGGACGUGGGCACGCUGCGCUACUUCGGCAUCUGCGGCCUGCAGGAGGGCUACGAGCCCUUCGCCAUCAACAUGAAACGGCCCAUCGCCCUCUGGUUCAGCCACAGCCUGCCCCAGUUCAUCCCCGUGCCCCCCGAGCACCCCCAGCUCGAGGUGACGCGCCUGGACGGCACGGUGGACGCCCCGCCGUGCCUGCGGCUGUCGCACCGCAGCUCCGGGACCCCCGCGGCGCCCCCCGAGCUGCUGUUCCUGCGCCUCAGCCUCCCGGUGCAGUUCCACGCCACCUUCCGCUGCACGCCCGGCGCCACGCCGCUGCCCCAGGCGCCCCCCCCGGAGCCCCCCGAGGAUGUCGCCGCCGAGCCCCUGUCCGAGUUCGAGCGGCUGCGGCGCUCGGCCGGGCCCCGCAGCGCCGAGGGGGACGAGGCCGCCGAGAAGGGACCCCCGGGGGCGGCCCCCGGAGCGGCCCCCCGGGAGCUGCCCCGCGGCGAGAACGAGAAGGACGCGACCACCGAGAAGAGCAAGACCCGGAGGGGGUUCCUGUUCAAGGGCAGGAAGACCCCGUUCACGCCACCCCCCGCGCCCCCCCCGGUGCCCCGGCUGGAGGAGGACGUGGUGCCCGACGAGCGCGACGACCCCGAGGUCAUCAUGAACACCACCACGUACUACUACUCGGUGCGGCUGUUCGCGGGCCAGGAGCCGGGCAGUGCCUGGGUGGGCUGGGUCACCCCCCACUUCCACCAGCACGACCCCGACUUCGAGCUGAGCCGCGUGCGCAGCGUCACCGUCACCAUGGGCGAUGACCGCGGCAACGUGCACGACAGCAUCAAGCGCAGCAACUGCUACAUGGUGUGGGGGGGGGAGUUUGCGACCCCCACCCAGCAGGCCCGGGUGUCCCACACUGACCUGGUCAUCGGCUGCCUGGUGGACCUGGCCACGGGGCUCAUGACCUUCACAGCCAACGGCAAAGAGAUCAACACCUUCUUCCAGGUGGAGCCCAACACCAAACUGUUCCCGGCGGUGUUCGUGCAGCCCACCACCCAAAACGUGCUGCAGUUCGAGCUGGGCAAGCUCAAGAACAUCAUGCCCAUCUCGGCGGCCAUGUUCAGCAGCGAGCGGCAGAACCCGGCGCCGCAGUGCCCGCCGCGGCUGGUGAUCCAGCAGCUGACCCCGGUCACCUGGAGCCGCAUGCCCACCGAGUACCUGGCCGUGGAGAGCGCCCGGCUGGGCGAGCGCCAGGGCUGGGCCGUGGAGUGCUCCGAGCCCCUGCAGAUGAUGGCCCUGCACAUCCCCGAGGAGGACAGGUGCAUCGACAUCCUGGAGCUGUGGGAGCGCGAGGAGCUGCUGCAGUUCCAGUGCCACACGCUGCGGCUCUACUGCGCCGUGUGCGCGCUGGGCAACAACCGCGUGGCGCACGCCCUCUGCAGCCACGUGGACCAGGCCCAGCUGCUCUUCGCCAUCGAGACCCCCGAGCUGCCGGGACCCCUGCGGGCCGGCUACUACGACCUGCUGCUGGCCAUGCACCUGGACGCGGCGCAGCGCGCCCGCUCCUCCAUGAGCGCCGAGUUCAUCGUGCCCAUCACCGAGGCCACGCGCUCCAUCGCGCUCUUCCCCGACGGCGGGCGCUGCCCGGGACCCCCGGGCGUGGGGCCCAGCGCCUGCCUGAGACCCCAGCCCCAUUUCUCGGAGCCCUGCUUCAUCCGGGCGGCGGGCGGCGGCGGGCGGGCGCCGCUCAGCCCGGCCAUCCCGCUGGACGAGCUGGGAGCCAAGGCCAUGCGCAUGCUGGCCGAGGCGGUGGCCGGAGGGGGUCCCCACGCCCGGGACCCCGUGGGGGGCAGCGUGGAGUUCCAGUUGGUGCCCGUGCUCAAGCUGGUGUCGGCGCUGCUGGCCGUGGGAGCGCUGGGGGACAGCGACGUGCGGCGCGUGCUCCGCAUGAUCGAGCCCCGCGUCUUCGGCGAGGCGCGGCGCGAGGAAGGGCAGCAGCAGGAGGAGCAGGAGGAGGAGGAGGAGGAGGAGGGGGUGAAGGCCAUCGAGGCUGGCGAGGAAGAGGAGGGGGAGGAUGAGGAGGCGAGGAGGAAGAAGGCCGUGGAGGCUGGAGAGCUGGAGGAGGAGGAGGAGGAAGAGGAGGAGGAGGAGGAAGAGGAGGAGGAGAAGGAGGAAGAGCUGGAGGAGGGGCUGCUGCAGAUGAAGCUGCCGGAGUCGGUGAAGCUGCAGAUGUGCCACCUGCUGCAGCACCUGUGCGAGCGGGAGCUGCAGCACCGUGUCGAGGCCAUCGUGGCCUUCUCGGAGCGCCACGUGCAGCGGCUGCAGCGGGACCAGCGGCGCCGCUACGGGCGCCUGAUGCGGGCUCUGACCAUGUCGGCCGCAGAGACCGCGCGGCGCACCCGCGAGUUCCGCUCGCCCCCGCAGGAGCAGAUCAACAUGCUGAUGCAGUACAAGGGAGGGGCUGAGGAUGAGGAGUGUCCCGUGCCUGGGGACAUCCGGGACGAGCUGCUGGACUUCCACAAUGACCUGCUGGCCCACUGCGGCGUGGAGCUGACGGAGGAGGAAGAGGAGGAGGAGGAGGAGACCUCGCUGCGGCAGCGGCUGCUGGGGCUGGUGCAGAAGGUGGUGGGGGUCCGGGGACCCCCCAAGGAGGAGGAGACCCCCCCUGAGGAGCCCCCGGUGCCCAGCACGCUGCAGGAGCUGAUCUCGCAGACCAUGGUGCACUGGGCGCAGGAGUCGUUCAUCCAGAGCCCGGCGCUGGUGCGGGCCAUGUUCAGCCUGCUGCACCGGCAGUACGACGCGCUGGGCGAGCUGGGCCGUGCCCUGCCCAAGGCCUACGCCAUCAGCGCCACCUCGGUGCCCGACACCACGGCCCUGCUCGAGUGCCUGGGCCAGAUCCGCUCGCUGCUCAUCGUGCAGAUGGGCCCCGAGGAGGAGAACCUCAUGAUCCAGAGCAUCGGGAACAUCAUGAACAACAAGGUGUUCUACCAGCACCCCAACCUGAUGCGGGCUCUGGGCAUGCACGAGACCGUGAUGCAGGUGAUGGUCAGCGUGCUGGGCGGCGGCGAGUCCAAGGAGAUCCGCUUCCCCAAGAUGGUGACCAACUGCUGCCGCUUCCUCUGCUACUUCUGCCGCAUCAGCCGCCAGAACCAGCGCUCCAUGUUCGACCACCUGGGCUACCUGCUGGAGAACAGCGGCAUCGGCCUGGGCAUGCAGGGCUCCACCCCCCUGGACGUGGCGGCCGCCUCCGUCAUCGACAACAACGAGCUGGCGCUGGCCCUCAAGGAGCAGGACCUGGAGAAGGUGGUGACGUACCUGGCGAGCUGUGGCCUGCAGAGCUGCCCCAUGCUGCUGGCCAAGGGCUACCCCGACAUCGGCUGGAACCCCUGCGGGGGUGAGAAGUACCUGGACUUCCUGCGCUUCGCCGUCUUCGUCAACGGGGAGAGCGUGGAGGAGAACGCCAACGUGGUGGUGCGGCUGCUGAUCCGGCGUCCCGAGUGCUUCGGGCCGGCGCUGCGGGGCGAGGGCGGCAGCGGGCUGCUGGCCGCCAUCCAGGACGCCCUGAGCAUCGCCCAGGACCCGGCACGGGACGGGCCCAGCGGCCGCAGGGAGAGGAGGCCGUUCGGGCCCGAGGAGCCCCCCGAGGAGAACCGGGUGCACCUGGGCCACGCCAUCAUGUCCUUCUACGCCGCCCUCAUCGACCUGCUGGGCCGCUGCGCCCCCGAGAUGCACCUGAUCCAGGCGGGGAAGGGCGAGGCCCUGCGGAUCCGGGCCAUCCUGCGCUCGCUCGUCCCGCUCGAGGACCUGGUGGGGAUCAUCAGCCUCCCCCUGCAGAUCCCGGCGCUGGGAAAAGAUGGGAACGUGGUGGAGCCCCGUAUGGCCGCCAGCUUCGUCCCUGAGCACAAGGCGCCCAUGGUGCUGUUCCUGGACCGCGUUUAUGGGGUGCAGAACCAGGAGUUCCUGCUCCACGUGCUGGAAGUGGGGUUCCUGCCCGACAUGCGUGCGGCCGCCUCGCUGGACACGGCGACGUUCAGCACGACGGAGAUGGCGCUGGCGCUGAACCGGUACCUGUGCCUGGCGGUGAUGCCGCUCAUCACCAAGUGCGCGCCGCUCUUCGCGGGCACCGAGCACCGCGCCAUCAUGGUGGACUCCAUGCUGCACACCAUCUACCGCCUGUCGCGCGGCCGCGCCCUCACCAAGGCCCAGCGUGACGCCAUCGAGGAGUGCCUCAUGGCCCUCUGCAGGUACAUCCGCCCCUCGAUGCUGCAGCACCUCCUGCGCCGCCUCGUCUUCGACGUCCCCAUCCUCAACGAGUUCGCCAAAAUGCCCCUCAAGCUGCUGACCAACCACUACGAGCGCUGCUGGAGGUACUACUGCCUGCCCAGCGGCUGGCCCAACAUGGGCGUCAGCUCCGAGGAGGAGCUGCACCUCACCAGGAAGCUCUUCUGGGGCAUCUUCGACUCCCUGGCGCACAAGAAGUUCGAGGCCGAGCUCUACAAGCUGGCCAUGCCGUGCCUCUGCGCCAUCGCCGGCGCGCUCCCGCCCGACUACGUGGACGCCAGCUACUCGUCCCGCACCGAGAAGAAGGCCUCGGUGGACGCCGAGGGCAACUUCGACCCCAAACCCGUGGAGACCCUCAAUGUCAUCAUCCCCGAGAAGCUCGACGGUUUCAUCAACAAAUACGCCGAGUACACGCACGAGAAGUGGGCCUUCGACAAGAUCCAGAACAACUGGACUUUUGGGGAGGCCGUGGAUGAAGAAGCCAAAACCCACCCGAUGCUGAGACCCUACAAAACCUUUUCUGAGAAGGACAAGGAGAUUUACCGCUGGCCCAUCAAGGAGUCCCUCAAGGCCAUGCUGGCCUGGGAGUGGACGGUGGAGAAGGCGCGCGAGGGCGACGACGAGCGCGGCGAGAAGAAGAAAACGCGGAAAAUCUCCCAGAACGCCCAGGCCACCUACGACCCCUCCCACGGGUACAGCCCCCAGCCCGUGGACCUGAGCGGGGUCACCCUGUCCAGGGAGCUGCAGGCCAUGGCAGAGCAGUUGGCUGAGAACUACCACAACACCUGGGGCCGCAAGAAGAAGCUGGAGCUGGAGGCCAAGGGAGGGGGGUCCCACCCGCUGCUGGUGCCCUACGACACGCUGACGGCCAAGGAGAAGGCGCGGGACCGCGAGAAGGCGCAGGAGCUGCUCAAGUUCCUGCAGCUGCACGGCUACGCCGUCACCCGGGGGCUCAAGGACAUGGAGCUGGACACGUCGUCCAUCGAGAAACGCUUCGCCUUCGGCUUCCUGCAGCAGCUGCUGCGCUGGAUGGACAUCGCCCAGGAGUUCAUCGCACACCUGGAGGCCGUGGUCAGCAGCGGGCGGGUGGAGAAAUCCCCCCACGAGCAGGAGAUCAAGUUCUUCGCCAAGAUCCUGCUGCCCCUGAUCAACCAGUACUUCCACAACCACUGCCUCUACUUCCUGUCCACGCCGGCCCAGGUGCUGGGCAGCGGCGGCCACGCCUCCAACAAGGAGAAGGAGAUGAUCACCAGCCUGUUCUGCAAACUGGCCGCGCUGGUCCGGCACCGCGUGUCCCUGUUCGGGACGGACGCCCCGGCCGUGGUGAACUGUCUGCUCAUCCUGGCCCGGUCCCUGGACGCCAGGACGGUGAUGAAGUCGGGCCCCGAGAUCGUCAAGGCCGGCCUGCGCUCGUUCUUCGAGUCGGCGGCCGAGGACAUGGAGAAGUUGGGGGAGCAGCUGCGGCUGGGCCGGGGGACCCCGACCCGCGCGCCCACCAAGGGCGUGGCCCAGAAUGUCACCUACACCUCGGUGGCACUGCUGCCCGUGCUCACCGCCCUCUUCGAGCACCUGGCGCAGCACCAGUUCGGGGACGACGUCAUCCUGGAUGACGUGCAGGUCUCCUGUUACCGCAUCCUGUGCAGCAUCUACAGCCUGGGCACCGCCCGCGGGCCCCUCGUGGACAGGCAGCGGCCGGCCCUGGGCGAGUGCCUGGCCCGCCUGGCCGCCGCCAUGCCCGUGGCCUUCCUGGAGCCGCAGCUGAACCACCUGAACCCCUGCUCCGUGUACAGCACCAAGAGCGCCCGCGAGCGCGCCCUGCUGGGCCUGCCCUCGCGGGUGGAGGAGCUGUGUCCUGACCUGCCGGACCUGGAGCGGCUCAUGGGUGACAUCGGCGGCCUGGCGGACUCGGGGGCGCGCUACACGGAGAUGCCACACGUCAUCGAGGUGACGCUGCCCAUGCUGUGCCACUACCUGCCCCGCUGGUGGGAGCGCGGCCCCGACGCCGCCCCCCAGGGCCCCUGGGCCACCGACGUCACCGGCCACCACCUCAACGCCCUGCUGGGCCACAUCCUGCGCAUCGUGGUCAACAACCUGGGCAUCGACGAGGCCUCCUGGAUGAAGAGGCUGGCGGUGUUCGCCCAGCCCAUCGUGAGCAAGGCGCGGCCGGAGCUGCUGCGCUCGCACUUCAUCCCCACGCUGGGGCGGCUGCGGAAGCGCGCGGGGAAGGUGGUGGCCGAGGAGGAGCAGCUGCGCCUCGAGGGCAAGGCCGAGGCCGAGGACGCCGAGCUGCUCAUCCGCGACGAGUUCUCCGUGCUCUGCCGCGACCUCUACGCGCUCUACCCGCUGCUCAUCCGCUACGUGGACAACAGCCGGGCCAAGUGGCUGACGGAGCCCAACGAGGACGCGGAGGAGCUGUUCCGCAUGGUGGGCGAGGUCUUCAUCUACUGGUCCAAGUCUCACAACUUCAAGCGUGAGGAGCAGAACUUCGUGGUGCAGAACGAGAUCAACAACAUGUCCUUCCUGACGGCCGACAGCAAGAGCAAGAUGGCCAAGGGCGGUGGCUCGGAGCAGGAGCGCUCCAAGAAGCGGCGCCGCGGGGACCGGUACUCGGUGCACACCUCGCUCAUCGUGGCCACGCUGAAGAAGAUGCUGCCCAUCGGCCUCAACAUGUGCUCGCCCGCCGACCAGGAGCUGAUCGCGCUGGCCAAGGGCCGCUACGCGCUGAAGGACACGGACGAGGAGGUUCGGGAGUUCCUGCACAACAACCUGCACCUGCAGGACAAGGUGGAGAACACGGGCUCGGCGCGGUGGCAGAUGGCCCUGGUGCGCCAGGCCGGGCGGGACGAGGACCCCGACAGCCCCGAGCAGGUCGUGCGCAGGGUGCAGGAGGUGUCGGCCGUGCUCUACCACCUCGAGCAGACGGAGCACCCCUACAAGUCCAAGAAGGCCGUGUGGCACAAGCUCCUGUCCAAGCAGCGGCGCCGCGCCGUCGUCGCCUGCUUCCGCAUGACGCCCCUGUACAACCUGCCCAGGCACCGCGCCUGUAACAUGUUCCUCGAGUCCUACCGGCUCUCGUGGCUGGCCCGGGAGCAGCCGCCCUUCGAGGACCGCAUGAUCGACGACCUCUCGAAGUCGGGGCGCGAGGAGGAGGAGGAGGAGGAAGAGGCGGAGGCGCGGCCGGACCCGCUGCACCAGCUGAUCCUGCACUUCAGCCGCACCGCGCUCACCGAGCAGAGCCACCUGGAGCAGGACCACCUGUACAUGGCCUACGCCGGCAUCAUGGCCAAGAGCUGCCACAUAGAGGAGGGGGAGGAGGAGGAGAAGGAGGAAGAGGAGAAGGAAGAGGAAGAAGCCGAGGAUUCGUUUGAGGAGAAGGAGAUGGAGAAGCAGAAGCUGCUGUCGCAGCAGGCGCGGCUGCACACGCGCGGCGCGGCCGAGAUGGUGCUGCAGAUGAUCAGCGCCUGCAAGGGUGAGGGACCACUGACCCUGAGUGACCACUGA